AUGACAGAUUCAAUAUCUAUUGUUGACGAAACAAAUGAUACUUCACUUCACAUCGACUCGGAAGACAAGAAAUUUGAAAGAAAACUUUUGAGAAAGAUUGAUCUGAGGCUACUCGCCAUAACAAAUAUCAUGUAUAUUUUGGCGUGUUUGGACAGAAUCAAUAUUGGGAAUGCGAGGAUAGCAGGAUUAGAGAAAGAUCUUGGUCUAAUAGGAAACCAAUAUCAAAUUGCUUUAUCAAUAUAUUUCCUUGGCGGUGUCCUGUUUGAAAUUCCAUCGAAUAUGGUAUUGAAAAAAAUCAAACCGUCAAGAUGGAUCCCGUUUUUAAUGAUGUCUUGGUCCAUAAUAGUUUCGUCGAUGGCUGCAGUAAGGAAUUCCGAUGAAUUAAUAGCCACCAGAUUUUUAUUAGGUGUUGCCGAAGCUGGCUUCGUCCCCGGUAUAUUGCUUCUUUUGAGCCUAUGGUAUAAACGAUCAGAGUAUGGAAUGCGAUUUACUAUCUUUAUUUCUGGUAAUGUUUUGGCCGGGGCUUUCGGCGGAUUAUUGGCAUAUGUGAUCAUCGGAAACUUGAAUGGAAAGGCAAACCUUCAAGGAUGGAGAUGGUUAUUUUUAUUAGAGGGAAUCGUUAGUUUUAUCGUUUCUCUCAUUUCUUUUUUAAUCAUUCCAGGCUUUCCUGAGGAUGAAAAUUUUCUAACGAUCAGAGAGAGACAGCUUCUAAUGUCUCGUCUUCACCCAGAGCAUGGAACAGCUGGUGAACACAUACGCACAGUCACCAUAAAACAUGCAUUACUCAUAACUCUCAAAGACUGGAGAGUAUAUCUGAUGGUGUUACAUAACAUUUGUAUCAAUACCGCACUAAAUUCGAUAUCAUUAUAUUUACCAACCCUCAUCUAUAAAAUGGGAUUUAGUUCUUUGAAGACUCAACUACUGACUUUGCCACCCUAUUUCUUUGGGUGGCUUUUUUCGUUAGUGGUCUCUUUGCAUUCUGAUCACGUGCAACUAAGAGGACAUCAUAUUAUUUGCUGUGCGAUUAUAGGUGCAAUCGGUUUUCUUAUGUUGGCAAAUUUGAAAAGUGUGGGAAUGUUAUAUUCAGCUACGUUUUUUUGCACGUCAGGUACAUGGGCAGCUGGUGCGAUGACACUUGCAUGGAUACCAAAUAUUUUUCAUCAUCCUCGUGAAAAACGUGCAAUCGCCAUAGCCCUCAUUCUCUCUGCCGGAAUUGUGGCUGGUAUUAUUUCCUCGAAUAUUUAUCCGUCUAGUGAAGAACCCCGUUAUUUCAGAGGUCACAUGAUCAAUGCAUCUUUUAUGUUGAUAGCCACAAUAUGCGCCAUAAUUAUGAGACUAGUACUGAAACGAAAGAACGAAAAGAUGCGUCAGGUCGAAGACGAAAAAGAAUCAACACACAAAAUUCCUUAUAUCCUGUAA